ACACGCCUUGACCACUAGUGUUAGUUCUACAGACAAACCAAACUGGUCGAGUUACUUUUAGUUUUUAAUUUAUUUAUUUACAUACAAGGAAUAUCCUUUUGUUUGAAAUGGCAGCUACUAAGUAUGUCGUAUUGGUGACUAUACUCGCAUCAAUUCUACAAGGUGUGGUAAGUCAAGACCUGCCAGUGACCCAAGUCUGUCUGGGAUGUAUAUGCGAAGCUAUAUCUAGGUGUAACACCUCCAGCGUUUGUUCAGGUGAUGUCUGUGGACCAUUUAGAAUAACUUGGGGUUACUGGGCAGAUUCAGGAAAACCUACUCUCAAAGGAAAAUCUCCGAAUGAUCCAGACGCUUACUCCAGUUGUGCUGGAGACACAUAUUGCGCAGCUUUAUCUGUACAAGGUUAUAUGAAAAAAUUCCAACAGGAUUGCAAUAAUGAUGGGAAAAUAGACUGCGAUGAUUUUGCUUUAAUUCAUACUCAUGGUGGAUACGGAUGUAAAGGAAACGUACUUCCAGAACCUUUCGGUGAACGCUACCAACAAUGUAAAAAAUUUGUUCAGGGAUAUAAUUAGAUUGUACAUUUAAUUUAAUAUUAAAAAAUGUUCUAUGCCCUUAUUAAGCUGUGACUUACUUUAAUAUAAAUAAUUUUCUA